AUGCCCGCCAUCCUCAUCUCGAUCCUCUACACGCUCAUUGCGGGUGUCUCGGCCCAGCUCUCAGUCCCCGGCAACAGCACUUUUGACGCGCAAAUCAACCAAAUUCUGCACUGGGACGGCCUUCGCCAGUCGAAUAUCGGUCUCGGUCCCAGUGCGAUCGCCGCCGCGGCCAUGGCCAUUGGCGUCGUCAUCACGUUCUUCGGCUUCAAGCUGCUUCGGCCUGCCAUUUUUGUUGCGGGCUUCAUUAUUGGCGCGGUCGCCGGCUUCAUUGGCGCCGAGACGCUCCUCCGUACCAAGCCCGAUCUCGCCAUCGCGUGCUGGGUCGCGUUCUUACUGGGCGGUCUCCUCUGUGGCUUCGUCCUCGUGUAUUUGCACCAUAUCGGAAUCGCGGCACUUGGCGCUGUCGCCGGUGCGCUCUUCGCCACGGUGCUUCAUACGUCGUGUGGCUACAAGCUACUUCCUGCGAACCCGCAGAUCGUGCUCAACGUCCUCUUGGUCGUCUUUAGCAUCCUCUUUGGUAUUCUCGCGCUCGUGCUCGAGCGGCCGUUUGUGAUUUUUGCGAUGAGCGCGUUUGGCGCCAUCAUGAUCACGUGGGGCGUUGGUUUCUUUGCUGGCGGGUACCCGAACGCGACGAGCUUGCCCCAGUCGCUCAAGAACGGUACCGUGAGCGUCGACAUUCCGUACUCGUGGUGGGGCUACGUCGUGGGAACCGUCGUCUUGUGCGUACUUGGCACAUGCUAUCAGAUGCAGGCGACAGCGCUACCGCCAAAGAAGCGCACUGCCAGUCUAUUCACGCUCUGCUAAUACGUACUAGUACAUUCGUCCAUUCAAAGUCA